AUGCCCAUGCUGACAAAGAGCCCCAGUGCCUUCAUUCGACCUUCACCCUCACGACUGCAUAUGGGCGGUGUCACGCAGGCCACAGGCAACUCCAUACUGGCCUGCGAGACGGCCGGCUACGAUGUGAUCAUCGUGGAGACCGUCGGCGUCGGUCAGUCCGAGUACGAAGUGGCCCACCUCUGUGAUAUCUUCACGCUGCUGGUGGCACCGGCCGCCGGCGACGAGCUGCAGGCCAUCAAGAAGGGCAUCGUCGAGAUGGCCAAUGUGAUCGCCGUGACCAAGUUCGACGGCGACCUGAUCAGGGCGGCGCGGCGAAUGCGGGGCGAGAUCAAGUCGGCCACGAAGUACAUCGACUACACGGAAAGACCGGCGGUGCUGUGCGUCUCUGCGGUGACCAAGGAGGGCAUCGAGGAGACGUGGCGGCUCAUCGAGGAGCGGGUGAACAAGGACGCCGGGCUGAAGGCGGCUCGCCGGCAGGAGAAGCGGCUGCAGAUGCUGCGCACCUACCUCAUCAAUGAGCUAUUUGAGGUGCUCAGUCGAAAUCUGUCGUACGAGCAGUACGAGGAGCGGCUGAAGGCGGAUCCGACGCUGUCACUCAGCGAGCUGGUGCAGGACAUCAUCUACCGCGAUCUGUACAAGGUCCUCCAGAAGAGUAGCCUACUCACGGAAAGUUAG